UAACAACAGAAGAAGAAGAAGAAGAAGUUGUUGCCGUUUAGCUAUUGUUGUUGGAAGUCUUUUGUUAGUAGUUUGCCAAUUAAAAUUUUAUUUUAUUAUUUCAAAGCGUGAUAUUUUAGUAUCACGUAUUGUAAAUAAUCUUGAUUUGUGUAAGCUGAUAACAAAAAGGUCGGAUAUAAACAAAUGCUUUAGGAGUCAUUAUUAUUUCUUUUACUGACGUCUUGUGAACAUGGACAAAAUAGCUCACGCAGAUGUUGGUGACAUUCAGUCAAGGUUACUGGACCAUAGGCCAGUCUUACAAGGAGAGAUCAGGUACUUUUUAAGAGAAUUUGAGGAAAAGCGGGGCUUUAGGGAGUGCCGUCUACUAGAAAACUUGAACAAGUUGGUGACUGAGACCGAAGAACAAGUACUGCCCAGAUGCACCAAGACCAUGAAAGCAAAUUUACUUGACGCUCUCAGUUGCUUGGAAGCAGUAAAUCAUAUGAUGCAGAGAAUCCAGCAGAUGGAGCUAGAAACCCAGCAUAGCAUAAUUCUUCAGGAGGGUAUGGAGAAGCGCAAAGCUGACUGGGAGGACUUCUUGAAAGAGCAGGCUCGGUUAAAGGAGGAGGUUGACGAGGAGCAUGCUAAAGCCGUGGGCAGACUUAGUAUCCAGUACAGUGAGAUGAAGAAAGACCUUGCCAAGUUCUCCCACUUUUGAUGUCUUCCACAGAUGUUCCUGUUUUUGGACAUGUUUUUGUUAGAAAAUGUUUUUCUGCAGACACAGGCCACCUUUCAACGAGAUGUGAUUUAAACUAAUUAUGUUGUGUUGACAGCAAUUUGCUGAACAAAGUAUAGAGAAGGGCUAAGGAAGCUUGUAACUUGUUUUACAUAGAAUGAUGCUCGCUUUACGUGAUUUUCACACUGGGCAGGUUUGCUGCAAUCCGAAUGAGAUUGUUCUCAGUGGCCACCCAACAAACCCUCCCAACAGUAUGGUUUCAGACUCACUUGAUUGUAUUGAGCCCCGGUGCAUUUGCAUUCAUCUACCAGCAUCACAAACGCGCAUGGAGAACAUAACGCGAAUCACCAUUUAUACUGAAAAAAAAAUUGGUCCUGUUAUGCGCAAGAGAUAUUAUGUGUAGCAGUGGACCUUUUCUGUGUCCCACAAAAUCCCCUGAAAUUCAUACAACAUGUGUGUUGUGGAAAUUAAUACUGUCGCCAUCAACUAAAACACAUGCACAGGUUACUUUAUUUCCUGAAAAAGUGUGGAACCUGUGAAGGAGUAUGUUCACAUUCUCAGACCACCUCCUACAGGUAGUCUCUGGUUUGGAACCACGGUGGGCUUCCCAGUUCACGUGACAGCUUUCACAUUAACAAUUUUUCAUGCGAACCGUGCUCUGUUUUGGAAUAAACCACCAGUAUGAAAGUGUUAUUUACUCUCUGCAUGUACAUGUGGUUUACAUAAAAAUAUUUAGUUGUUAAUAGGGCUAGGUGAUAUAUUGAUAUAAUAUGGAUAUCAUGAUAAAUGAUUGUGAUACACUUAGCUUUGGUAUGGUGAUGUAUUUUUUUUAUGUUUUUAAUAAUUACACAUAAAUGGUACUGAAUGGAUGUUGAUUUUACGUAAUUUAAAAAAAGAAUAAUAUCUUUGGACUUUGUAGGCAUUAAAGUAUCGUCAAACUUG